CGCCGUUGCCAGGCAACCAAACAACGUUUCACUACUCUCGCGAGAUUUGAGGGCCGUUGCCUGGAGACAGAGAACGCUGCUGCCUGAGAGCUGGGAGCGAAAGAGCCGUAGCUAUGGAGACAGCGCUGGCAGAAGUGAAGGCUCGCCCUCCCGCGCCGGUGCAGAUCACCGCUCUAAGAGCGCACAAUGUGAAGGGAAUAAAAGGCGAUUUACUAAUGAGCUACAUCAGGUCAGAGUUCAACAACUCUCUCCUCGGAGACUCGCCAAAGCUCGAAGCCUCCCCAGACAGACCCACCGAGUUUCAUUUCACCUCUAGCUUUGACGUCAGCCCUGAUGGCCCCCACAGCUUGGACGACGUCGCUCACAAGCCAGUUAUAUUAACGUUAAUAGAGAUUUUGCCUAAGGAGAAGAAGCAGAAGGAGGAGAAGACUGUGGUUCUUGGACAGGCUGCCGUGGAUCUGCUUCCCCUUCUAAAAGGUGAAAGUAAUUUUAAAGUCACCCUGCCUCUGCACCCUGUGACUGGAUCACCCCUAGAGAGCGCACAACUGGACACCAAGCCAAGCCUAGAGGUGGCAGUUUCUGUCCCCGAGCCUUUGCUUUCCGACGCACAAAUAAAUAAUGGGAACAUCCUCAGGGUGACAGUGGAAGCUGUUUACUGUGCCCCAGAGUCCUGGAAUACUACAGGGCCUGCGUACAAUUAUGUGAUGAGCCUUCAGAUGCCUCCUGCAGGAGAGCUUCCCCAUUCCCUUGUCUUCUCAAACGGAACGCUAAAGGCCGGCGGAGAAGCAGAACCGGUUCCUCGUCCAAAAAAAUGGCCCGUGACUGGCAUGGCAGCAACCAGUGCUCAGAACAUCCCAGAUUCCUUCAUUUUUGGAGGUCCAUAUGAGGAGGAAAACGGGGAACUGAACCGAAAGGAGGACAAGGAAUUCCGUGCUGAUGCUGAGACUCUCAAGAAAAGGGUGACAUGGGACACAGAGAGGAGGCGCUACCUCGAUCCAUCUGCUUUGCUCAGCAUACAGAAACAGAUUGCCGAGUGCCGCUAUUGGCCGGUGGAGAUAAUGAGGGCACCUACAGUUGCACCCAGCACAAAGGGAAAACCUGGAAAAGUGGACAAAGGUGAUGAAGACGGACAGAUUUCCUUUCACGGCGUUGCUUACGUAAACAUGGUUCCACUUCUGUACCCUGGGGUUAAACAUCUGCGAGGAGCAUUCCGUAUCUAUCCCUAUCAGGACGCUGAAGUGCUUGAAAAGACCAAGUGCCAAUCCAGUGCCCUGCGAGAUGUUGCUCGACAAACGGGUUUACAAAGUAGAGUCGGCUUUGCCCCGGCAGGAGUUAAUUCUCCCCAUGGCAAGCAGGGACCGAGCCGCAUUGUGAGAGAAGAUAAAGUCACCAAGGAUAAAGAAUACACCAGAAAGCCCUCUGCCCCAAUGAAGCCAUUGGACACCGCAUCGGAAGCAGAAACCAUAGCCCCUGUCCCAGCUCAGACAGCCCCUCAGAAUGUGGAAGGACAGCAAUACACAGAGUCUGGGACUUACGUCAUCUUGGAACUGAGCCUGGAGAAGCCACUGGUCCCUAAACGUUUGGCAGAGGAGAUUGACCUAAGAGUACGGGAACUUAUACCCAGCCGGCCGCAGCUUCCCAGGCGCAGCGCCGGAGCAGCCAAGGCAGUAACGGAUUACCACAACCAGAUCACCAGCAUCACCGACUCUAUCCUUGAGGAGUACUGUGAGCUGUUUGGGAGGAAGGCAGCCGAGGCAGAGGAGCUGGACCACCAGGCCUUGGAGGAGCAGAAGUGCCAGCUGAACUAUGAGCUGAACUGUACUGGGAAGUACUUUGCAUUCAAGGAGCAGCUGAAGCAUGCCGUGGUGAAGAUUGUGCGGGAGAAGUAUCUGAAGACGACAGCAUUUGAGGACCCAGAGCAGCUGCAGGCGUUCCUCAGCGAGCUCUACGUCUACUUGGUGGACCAGAUGCACAUUGCCCUGAACAAGACGUUGUUUGAUGAUAGGGGCGAGCCAGCGCCACCUCCCAUGACUGAUACGGAGCAGCUCCUGCGAUUUGCCAGAGAAGCAGAAAUCACCGGCGACUUUGAUCUGGCCAAUACCUUUUACCAAGAGAGAUUGGCUCGUGACCGUCAGUGUGUAGAUCAUUGGCUGGAUUAUGGCAGCUUCCAGCUUCUGAUUGGUGAUUACAUCAAAGCCCAGGAGUGUUUCCACGAGGCGGUAGUUUUAAGACGAGACCAUGUUCCCAGCUUGCUCCUCAGUGGAAUUGCUGCUGCUACGCUCGAUCACUGCAAAGACGCGGAGGUGUUUUUUGAAGAUGCCACGUGCACGGACCCAAGUAGCACCUUGGCUUGGACUCUGCUAGGGCUGCUCUAUGAAAUGCAGGGCAACGACAUCAGGAUGGAAAUGGCUUUCUCCGAGGCUGGCAAACUGCGUCUGGCAAAAUGUGCCCAAGAGAGAGCCGUGGCACUGUCAUGGGCUAAACCAGCAGGGGGCACUAACUCUAAAUCUGCACUUGGCAAUGCCAGCGAGAAAGGCACACUUUCCAAAGGAGCCACUGAAGGGCCACAUGAAACCACUCCCGCGUCCCACCGAGCUGAAUCGCCAUCGGUAAAUAUAUCCUUGAGUGGCCGCCCAGCCGAAGAGAAAGCCUCUCUCACCAGACGUGCGUCCGUUUCCUCUCUCCGCAGCAAGUCCACCAAGGCGGGAACUCACAAAGAAGUAACAACCAGGGCCAGUUCGGAACCAGAAGCCCAGCCAGAAGCCAUCAGCAUUUUCAUGGAGGCAGCCCAGUUUCUGACUCGAGUCAACGCCUUGCAGUUUGUACAGAGAGCUCUGGCCCAUGAGUUGCUGUGCCCAGAUGGAGGCCCAACCUGCAGGUACCAGCUGAUGUGCGCUCAGAUGCACCUCAUGAGGAAGGAGCUGGAGAAGGCCCAGCAGAACCUCCAGGAGGCUUCCCAGAUCAACCACCAGAAUCCUGAUGUUUGGGCCCUCAAGGGCCACCUGAACUUCCUGAGUGGCAGAAAGAGUGAGGCCAAGGGCUGCUAUGAGCACACACUCAGCCUGGUGAGCGACGCCUCCGACAUGCACCCUGUGUAUCUGCGCCUGGGCUCCAUCUACCUUGAUGAAGAAGAGUAUGAAAAAGCCAAGAAGACAUACCUGCUGGCCUGCAAACAGUCGCCAACGUGCCUGACCUGGCUGGGAGCGGGAAUCGCUUGUUACCGGCUGGAGGAGAUGGAAGAAGCAGAAGACGCUCUCUCAGAAGCAAACGCUUUAAACAACAACAACGCGGAGGUGUGGGGUUACCUCACUCUCGUCUGCCUGAAGACUGGGAGGCAGCUGGAGGCCGAGCAGUCGUAUAAAUACACGAGGAAGCUGAAUCUACAGAAGGAGGAUUUGCUCACAGAGAUCCAUUCCUUACAAGAGGAGCUCGGCUUUGGAGACCCAUCCUUCUAAUGGCACUCUAUCAUGUUAUACUGUAUGUAUAUAUAUAUAGCUAUGGCAUCUCGGCAGCACCAAGCAUCAUGGUGGCACUGACAGAUAAGCUGCCCAGGUUCUGCCCAUGUAUAUAGAUUAGGGGGAGCAUUACGUUAGCAAUGAAAGUUAAUAGCAGGAGAGUAUUCCUCAUUCUGCAGCCUCUUGGACCUAAUGGAUAAUUCCUACUGCAAAACUUGGAGCCUUUUGUUUAUUAAAGGGGACCUGUCACCAUAAGAAAUAA